AGAGGUGUGUGUGUGUGUGUGUGUGUGUGUGAUGCUACUUUAGCUCUGUUCAGUGCUUGUGCACAUUGGACCGUUAUGAAUGCUCAUAGCAGGAGUCCCGCCUCUGCGCUCAGACGCGUAACGCGUGCGCGCGCUCUCUCCCCGCACUCCGUCCCGGGCGCUCGUGCGUGUCUCACCACGACCAUGGUCCCACACACAGGAUGACGUCCAAAUGUGAAUCCGAUCUACCGUCGAACCGCUCAGGAGACGCAAUGCUGGAGUCGAACGCGUCCAAACCCGCGCGUGAUGCCAGCGCGAGCGACAGCAGCAGGAGCGCGACGUGCAGCUCGGUGUCCGUCGCCUUCCCCAUCACCAUGAUGGUGACCGGGAUGGUGGGCAACUGCCUGGCCAUCAUACUGGUCUACAACGCGUACAGGCGAAAGGAGAACAAACGGAAGCAGUCGUUUUUGCUGUGCAUCGGCUCUCUGGCGCUGACGGAUCUGUUUGGACAGCUGCUCACGAGCCCCAUCGUCAUUUCCGUGUACAGAGCGGAGCUGCAGUGGGAGCGCGUCGACGCGUCCGGGACUCUGUGCCCGUUCUUCGGCGUGUGCAUGACCACUUUCGGCUUGUGCUCGCUGUUCUUCGCGAGCGCCAUGGCCGUGGAAAGGGCUCUAGCCAUCACCGCUCCUCACUGGUACUCCAACAGCAUGAAGACCACCGUCACCAAGCACGUGCUCGUCUCCAUCUGGUGCCUGGUGCUGUGCUUCGCCCUGCUGCCCAUCAUUGGAGUCGGGAAGUACACCCUGCAGUGGCCGGGCACGUGGUGCUUCAUCAGCACCGGCGACUCUAACGUCAGCGGGAACACGUUUUUCGCCGUGACCUUCGCCGCGCUCGGGAUCUCGUCGCUGCUCGUCACGUUCUCCUGCAACGUGGUGACGAUCCGCGCGUUAGUGGCGCGCUGCAGAGUCAAACCCAGCGCGUCGCAGUGGUCCAAGCAGUGGGAGAGGCUGACCACUGAGACGGUCAUCCAGCUCAUGGGGAUCAUGUGUGUCCUGCUCGUCUGCUGGUCACCUUUACUGAUCCUAAUGUUGAAGAUGAUCUCCAACCACACAUCUUCUCAUCACUGCAAACCAUCAGCGAUUCCUCUCCUGCCCAGCCGGGACUUACAGAUGGACUGCAACUUCUUCCUGACUGCCAUUCGCCUGGCCUCGCUUAACCAGAUCCUGGACCCGUGGGUUUACCUGCUCCUCAGAGAGAUCCUGCUGAGGAAGUUCUGCCAGGUGGCCAACGCAGUGUCCAACUGUUCACUGGACGGACAGAAAGAGACUCAGAAGGAAACCGCUCCGGACGCCGUGAAGAAUCCAGCCAAGGAGGACGACGAGUGUAAGAAACUGGCUUCUCCUGAUCCUGGUGGAAGUGCACAAGCGUGACUGCAGUUAUUUAUAGCAAGGUGUUUAAACGUCGCUUAAGGACGACGACAGCGGGAUGUGUACGAUUAAUCUCAUUCUAACAAACGCUGGCUUUUUGUAUUUCAGCGUGAAAGCUGAGUGAGUCCAGCAUGCAAACACUCGAGGCUUUUAAACAGCUAGAACCGCUCGGCCCUGGCGUUUGUACGUGUUGCUAAAUUAAUUAUCAUCCUGUGAAGCAAAACACUGCGGUCCGAGAUCUGGAUCCUGUUCUUCAUACGUCGCUUAACAAAUACAAGAUGACAUAUUCCAGAUGUGCUAGUUGUCAUAAUCACACGAGAACGGGAUUAGUGUAGCCGGAUUGAGUUAUCUGAGAUAAUUACACACUCCCAUGAUGACUGGAAAUCAGCGAUGGCCCCGGAGAGGCUGUUAAAAGAAUUUGGUAACACUUUCCAUGAAGGUCAUAUCUAUAAGAAACUAUGAACACAUACAUAUCUUGUUAUAAUGCAUUCAUAAAUGAAACUUCAUUGUCAUAUAGUAGCUUUACAGAAAUCUGGAUGUAGAUUUAGAAUUUAAAAUUCAGUACAUUUUAUAGCUCACUUGAUUAUGCAUUAUGAAUUGUUAACAUGACGCAUUAUAAGUAGCGCUCAUAACACUUUAUAUCACCGAUAUCACCAGUGAAGCUCAACACCACUUUGUCAGUUUGUACAGUGCAUUAUGACACCAGUCGAUUAUUUUUUUAAAUAAAUGAAUUAUGCUACAAGAGAUCAGGAAAUUUUGCCGCUUCUGGAAGAAUUUGCGCAGAAUUUUAAAUAUCUUACGAAACGACAUUACUUACGAAACGCACCGAAUUUAUUUGUUGGUGAUAUAAUGCGUCAUAAACACUACGUAACUCAAUUCACUUUUAUUUAUAUAGCACUUUUAACAAUAGACAUUGUCAUGAAAGAGCUUUACAGAAAUCUAUUAUUAGGAAUCAUAGAGAUUUAGGUCUCUAGUGAGGAAGCCUGAGGUGACAGUGACGGAAAAACUCGCUGAGACGACACGAGGAAGAGACAUUGAGAGAAACCAGGCUCUUUUCUGGAGAGUGGGAUUAGACAUGAGUGGAAUAUACAGGUGUAAAAGAGGAGAGCAAACUAUUUGUUCAUUAAUUCUCUCCGUUUUGCUAUUUUGAAUUCUCAAAUCUAUAAAAAUGAUGUUUAUUUAUGAUCUGUCUAUUUCUGAUUUAACGCAUAAACUGAGUUUAACUUGUA